UCGAGAGGAGCGUUAAUGCAAACAAGAGCAAACGCAGAGUAACCCGCGCUGAAUGAGAUGCGAGCAAUAACACAUGUGUGGUGAAAGAAUAUUUCGAGUGCAUUGUUUUAUAGCUUACAGCGCAAUUUACAUGAAUAACAGGACGUUAUAGCAGAGAUACCGGCAGAAACUGUGAUUUUACGAGCUCGGUUGACAGUGAGUGGAGGGAUCAUCCGAAGAUUGUGAUAAUAAAGACAUCCCUGUAGGCACCAUCCACACCUCCAUCCUCUCUCUCACGCACGUUCAUCUCGCCUCUGACUUCGUCCAAACAUCGACCCAAUGAAGGAGCCCGACGCCAUCAAACUCUUCAUCGGGCAGAUCCCACGCAAUCUGGACGAAAAGGACCUUAAGCCCAUCUUUGAGCAGUUCGGCAAGAUCUACGAGCUGACUGUGAUCAAGGACAAGUACACAGGCGUGCACAAAGGAUGUGCCUUUCUGACGUAUUGUGCACGGGAGUCAGCCGUUAAAGCACAAAGUGCUCUUCAUGAACAGAAAAUCCUGCCAGGGAUGAAUCGGCCCAUUCAAGUGAAGCCUGCAGAUAGUGAGGGGAGAGGAGAGGAUAGAAAGCUGUUUGUGGGGAUGUUGGGAAAACAGCAGUCUGAUGAGGACGUGAGGAAGAUGUUUGAGCUGUUUGGGAGCAUUGAUGAGUGUACGGUACUGAGAGGACCGGACGGCACCAGCAAAGGCUGUGCGUUUGUGAAGUUCCAGAGUCACUCAGAGGCCCAGUCUGCCAUUAACAGUCUGCAUGGGAGCCGAACUCUCCCCGGCGCCUCCUCCAGUCUGGUGGUGAAGUUUGCGGACACAGAGAAGGAGCGUGGGAUGCGGCGCAUGCAGCAGGUUGCCUCGCAGUUCAGCAUCUUCAGUCCGGUGACGCUCAACUUUAAUGCAUAUAAUGCCUACACGCAAGCACUGCUUCAGCAGCAGGCGCUGGUCGCGCAGUCGUCAUACCUGUCACCUGUAUCUACAGUAGCGGCUGUGCAGAUGCAGCAGAUGGCAGCACUCAAUGCUAACGGUAUCAUAUCCACCCCCAUCACACCCUCGUCAGGUGAUCACCACCCUCACCACACAGCAGAGCUACUUGUGCUUUACGAACAAGGUGCAAACACUCCGCCCACUAUUGCAGCCACUCCCAUCUCGGCUCUGCCUCCACCAAUCGGAUUGAAUGGCUAUAGUACCAUAUCAGCAAACACCAAUGGACUGCCAGCAUCAGAAAUCUACACCAACGGUGUUCAUCCAUAUCAAGCCCAGAGUCCGGCGAUGGCGGCGUUAGAUCCGCUCCAGCAGGCGUACGCAGGCAUGCAGCACUAUACAGCAGCCUAUCCGGCCGCAUAUGGAUUGGUCAGCCAGCCGUAUAUACAGCAACCCACCCUGGUUUCCCAACAACAACUGCAGCAACAGAGAGAAGGUCCUGAGGGGUGUAACAUCUUCAUUUACCAUUUGCCUCAGGAGUUCACUGACUCAGAAAUGCUCCAGAUGUUUCUGCCGUUUGGUAACGUCAUUUCUGCAAAAGUCUUUGUCGAUCGAGCCACCAAUCAAAGCAAGUGCUUCGGCUUUGUGAGCUUCGAUAACCCAUCGAGCGCUCAGACGGCCAUCCAGGCCAUGAACGGCUUUCAGAUCGGCAUGAAGAGACUCAAAGUGCAGCUUAAAAGACCAAAAGAUGCCAACAGACCCUACUGAGACACAAACAGGAUGGAGAUUAUUGAAGCGUUCACGGAGCAGAUGGACUCCAGACGCUGAGCUGCACAGCUGAAUUGUUAAUGUGAGAUGUGUGUUAUCUUGCACACUCACAUGUGUGUGUAUAUGCAAAGGACAAAUAAAAGAUCAUGUACAUAAAUCACAUGCAUUCAAACACACGAGCACACAAAGAUAUGGAAAGAUGUCAAUGGUAUUAAAACACACACACACACACACAAAAAGAAACAUGCUACUUCUUAUGGACCUUCUUAGCUCUACAAAUGUUUAAAACUAUCAUUUUUCAUACAAAAUGUAAAAAAAAAAAAAAAGAAAAGAAAAAAAAAAAGAGAAGACCAGCCACAGUAAAUGACCAUAAUCAGGUUUAAAUAAUUAUGCUUAAAAUAAACUAUUUAACAAACAAAAUAUGAAUAGUUGUAUUAAAUCAAAAGACGAUAGUUACAGUAUUAUUAUUAUUAUUAUUAUUAUUAUUAUUGUAAGAAAAAAACGUCUUAAGAUUUCUACUUUUUCAUUAUAAAUGUGAUGUAAGGGGACUCAGGAACUUCUGGGCAAGUUUUAAUAUUUUAUCUUUUUAUUUAUGUAUUUAUUCAUAUUUGAAAAACAUGGUUUGGGAUGUGGUCUCUUGGUUUUCAUGUUUUUUAGAGAACUACAUUAAAGCAAUUG